GCUAAGUUGGCCAAAUUUAGAAGCAAAUUAUAUAUUCUCUAAACACAUGAAGGCACCCUUCACUUUUGGCUAUUAUAUAUUAAGCAUCUUACGGAUUUUUAUAUGACUCCAUUUCAAGCAAGCAAAUCAAGUCAUGCGUUCGACAUAAAAACAAAGAUAUAUCAGAAAGACAAUUUCAAACCAGUAGAGACAGAGAUGUCGGAAAGUGAAGAUGUAAGAAUCGAAAUGCACAGUAAUCAAUCGGAACCGGCCGACAAUGUUAACCACGGCUAUGCCCGGGAGUGGGAAUUCUGCAUUCAACAAUAUGAAACCGUCCAAAUUUCAGAACGCAAACGAAAAAUGGAGAAGGUACCUCCAUUGCUCUUAAAGGGCGAAAAAGGUGCAAGAAACCGUCAAUGCUACGAGCCAGCGGUGAUUUCACUUGGCCCUUACCACCAUAAACGAGACGACCUGGUUGCAGCCGAGAAAUACAAGCUCAUAACCCUCGAGGAGUAUUGUUUGAUCUGCAAAAACACCAUGGAUUCGUUAUACAAUAAGGUGUUUGAAGUAGUACAAGAUGCUAGAAAGUGUUAUGUCGAUGGUUCUACAGAUGAAUACAACGACGAGCAGUUUACUGGAAUGAUGUUGCGUGAUGGUUGCUUCGUUUUGUUCUUUAUAUAUUGCAUUGCUACUGAGCCGAACACUAUGUUGAUGUUAAAUAUUGAGUAUUUAGGCACAUCAGGCUUCUUGCACAUAGUUGGUGACAUUUUGUUGCUCGAGAACCAAAUCCCGUUUAUAGUACUUCAGGUUUUGUUGGACAUGCAAUUCCCAGAAGAUAGAGGUGAAAGGAUCUUAAAUGAGUUCUUUAACUACUUGAACUAUGGAAAAAUCACCACGAAGAAAAAAAAGGUUCUUGAAAUGAAGCAACCUCUUCAUCUCCUCGAGCUUUACAGGUCCCAUUUCAUCUCGCUUGGUGUUCAUCAGAAAAAUACUAGUGGAAUAUGGAAUUAUGUAAAACGAAAUCAAUCUUUUCCAUCAGUUAAUGAACUCAAAGCUAAAGGGAUUUUCUUGAAACGUACUAACGUCGAUGACGAGUCUUAUAAUGAAGACAUCAACUUUCACUCUUAUUGUUGCUAUGGUGAGCUUGAGGUUGUGCAACGGGCGGUGUACGAGAAUUCAAAAGCAAUUUACUUGAACAUGAUCGCGUAUGAGUCGUGCCCCUAUAAUCCAAAUGACCUUCGAGUUUCAACGUAUAUCAGAUUAAUGAAAUCGUUGGUUGUUCAUCAUGAUGACGUGAAGGAGUUACGAGACAACAACAUAUUGCAUCAUAGUUUUAGACGAGAUGAAGAAGUGGUGAAGAUGUAUGAUGAGAUUGAUGUACCGUUGGUUAAUGUCCACGUGUUUAAUCAACUCCGACGAGGAAUUGAGAAUCACUGUAAUAAUAAGUAUAAGACGUGGGCAGCAGAGCUGAUUACCAUCUACUUUAGCACGCCAUGGAAGACGGUGUCUUUAGGUGUCGCUAUCUUGGGUUUAAUUCUGACUGUAAUCAAAAUGUGA